AAAUCCAGUGUGCGGUUAGUCACAACUAACCGGUCAGAGAGAGGAGGAAAAGGGAGGAAAACUUUUGAGGCAAGCAACUCCGUAAUUCCCAUUCCUCCAUUUUGAACUUUUAAACUCCCAGUUUUGCUUCUGGAUUGUUUUCGAGUUCCAGACACCAUGACAAACAUCAACACGGCUAACAUCAACUUUAAAUGGGACCCAAAGAGUUUGGAGAUCCGUACUCUGGCAGUGGAGAGGCUGCUGGAGCCCCUAGUGACCCAGGUCACCACUUUAGUAAACUCCAGCAACAAAGGCCCCUCCAACAAGAAGAAAGGACGCUCUAAGAAGGCUCAUGUUUUGGCAGCAUCUGUGGAGAAUGCCACCGAGAACUUCCUGGAGAAAGGAGAGAAGAUUGCAAAGGAAAGUCAGUUCCUGAAGGAUGAACUGACUGCCGCUGUGGAAGAUGUCCGCAAGCAAGGUGAUUCAAUGCGGCAGGCUUCUGGAGACUUUGCAGAAGACCCCUGCUCAUCUGUGAAGAGGGGCAAUAUGGUUCGUGCUGCUAGAGCCCUGCUGUCAGCAGUCACGCAUCUGCUAGUGCUGGCUGAUAUGUCUGAUGUCUACAAGCUUCUACUGCAGCUUAAACUGGUGGAGGAAAAUCUUGUGAAAGUGCGAAAUGCAGGAACAGAUCAGGACCUUGGGAUCCAAUAUAAGGCCUUGAAACCAGAGGUGGACAAGCUGAACAUGAUGGCCGCUAAGAGACAGCAGGAGCUCAAGGACGUCCACCACAAGGACCAAAUGGCUGCUGCUCGCGGCGUGCUACAGAGGAACAUCCCCAUGCUGUACACGGCGUCCCGUGCCUGCCUCCAGCACCCUGACGUGGCAGCCUACAAGGCAAACCGUGACCUGAUCUACAAGCAGCUGCAGAGCGCCGUCUCUAGCAUCUCCAACGCCGCUCAGGCCACCGCCACUGAGGACUCAGCGCUCAAUCACCCAGCAGGGGGUGGAGAGCUCGCCUAUGCCCUCAACAAUUUUGAUAAACAAAUCAUUGUGGACCCCCUUGCGUUCAGUGAGGAGCGCUUCCGCCCCUCCCUGGAGGAGCGCCUUGAGAGCAUUAUCAGUGGAGCUGCCCUCAUGGCCGACUCUUCCUGCACACGUGAUGACCGCAGGGAGCGUAUCGUGGCCGAAUGCAAUUCUGUGCGCCAGGCUCUUCAGGACCUUCUGUCUGAGUACAUGGGCAAUGCUGGAAGGAAGGACAGGAGUGAUGCUCUGAACACAGCCAUUGACAGGAUGACAAAGAAGACCAGAGACCUUCGCAGACAGCUGCGUAAAGCUGUAAUGGACCAUGUCUCUGACUCGUUCCUGGAGACCAAUGUUCCCCUGCUGGUCCUGAUUGAAGCCGCCAAGAAUGGCAAUGAGAAAGAAGUCAAGGAGUAUGCACAGGUGUUCCGUGAGCACGCCAACAAGCUGAUCGAGGUGGCCAACCUGGCAUGCUCCAUCUCCAACAAUGAAGAGGGAGUGAAGCUGGUCCGCAUGGCAGCCUCUCAGCUGGAAGCUCUCUGCCCACAGGUGAUUAAUGCAGCGUUAGCCCUCGCUGCCAAGCCCAACAGUAAGGUGGCCAUGGACAAUAUGGAUCUGUUCAAGGAGCAGUGGGAGAAGCAGGUCCGUGUCCUCACCGAUGCUGUUGAUGACAUCACAUCCAUUGAUGACUUCCUCUGUGUGUCAGAGAACCACAUCCUGGAGGACGUGAAUAAGUGUGUCAUCGCUCUGCAGGAGAAAGAUGUGGAUGGUUUGGAUCGAACUGCUGGGGCCAUCCGCGGCCGCGCUGCCAGAGUCGUCCAUGUGGUCACUUCUGAAAUGGAUAAUUAUGAACCUGGAAUCUACACAGAGAAGGUCUUGGAGGCCACCAAGCUCCUCACUAACCAAGUAAUGCCGCGGUUCACAGAGCAAGUGGAGUCUGCGGUGGAGGCCUUGAGUGCAAACCCCACUCUACCUGUGGAUGAGAACGAGUUCAUCGACGCGUCCCGUCUGGUUUAUGAUGGAAUCCGCGACAUUCGCAAGGCUGUGCUCAUGAUCAGAACUCCAGAGGAGCUGGACGACUCUGACUUUGAGACUGAAGACUUUGAUGCUCGCAGCAGGACCAGCGUGCAGACGGAGGAUGACCAGCUUAUUGCCGGCCAGAGUGCACGGGCUGUCAUGGCCCAGUUGCCCCAGGAGCAGCGGGCGCAGAUUGCUGAACAGGUGGCUAGCUUCCAGGAAGAGAAGAGCAAGCUGGACGCCGAGGUGUCCAAGUGGGAUGACAACGGAAACGACAUCAUUGUGUUGGCUAAGCAGAUGUGCAUGGUCAUGAUGGAGAUGACAGACUUCACCAGGGGGAAAGGUCCACUGAAGAAUACGUCUGAUGUCAUCAGUGCUGCCAAGAAAAUUGCCGAGGCAGGAUCACGAAUGGACAAGCUGGGCCGCACCAUCGCUGACAAUUGCCCCGACUCCACCUGUAAGCAGGACCUGCUGGCCUACCUGCAGCGCAUCGCCCUGUACUGCCACCAGCUCAACAUCUGCAGCAAGGUCAAGGCCGAGGUGCAGAACCUGGGAGGAGAGCUGGUCGUUUCCGGGUUGGACAGCGCCAUGUCUCUAAUUCAGGCCGCAAAGAAUCUGAUGAACACAGUCGUGUCCACUGUCAAGGCCUCCUACGUUGCCUCUACUAAGUACCAGAAGAACAAAAACAUGGAGGCUCUGAAUAUGCCGGCCAUUUCCUGGAAGAUGAAAGCCCCCGAGAAGAAGCCCCUGGUGAAGAGAGAGAAGCAGGACGACCAGACCAACCGGGUGAAGAGGUCCUCUCAGAAGAAGCACAUCAACCCCGUGCAGGCUCUCAGCGAGUUCAAGGCCAUGGAUAGCAUCUAGACUCCCCUUUCAGUCAAGAGAACACACAUAUUGACCAAUGAGUUUAUAUAUAGAUGGAGCUUGUCAUUCUAUCAAAAAGAAAGGUUUUUAUUCUAUUUGUUCCACUUUUGCAUAGGCGGUCAUUAUAUUCCUACACUGCCUCGUUUCUAUUCCAUACGUUUGGAUUUGCUCUAGUCUGUAGCAAUAACUGUCUCUCCUUUGGAAAAUACAGAUAGAGGGAAAUCAAACGGACUAAUGCAUUUUGAUGGAAGGAAGGUUUUUCACUACAAUGUUUGAUUAGGGCAAAAUACCUUCUUUACUGCAAAUAUGUACUAUGCAAAAUCUGUUAGCUUUUUUUAACUUGAAGAAUAACUGUAGUUCAUUUGGAUGUGCUAGGCUAACUGGUAAUAUUUUAAAUGUGUUUUGGUUCAGGCAUAAGGAACCAAAGUCACUAUUUUUCCAUGUGUACCUUUUUCUAACUUUAUACGUACAUUGUUAUGCCACUAUACAUGCUUCAAAUAAGUCUAAAGAAAACAUUAUAUGUUCUGUGCUGAAUGAUUUAUACCCCUGUACUGGUAAAUGUCAUUUCUUUAUAAUUUAAACAUCUCAAAUUCAUUGUAUUUUCAGUUUUUUGUUUUUAUGUAUCCUUGCAGCAAACAGAAGGCAACUGAGUAUUUUCCCCCAACCUUCUGUUUUUGCUGCAUAACUUGGUCAGACUUUGUUUAUUGGCCUGGCCUCCUGAGAGACUGGGAGAACCCAGUGGGCUAAACAACGAGAAGACCCAGAGUCAUUUCUUUCCAAAGCCGACAAGCUUCAUUAACUGUCAAUAAAACCAAACACCUCCACGAUUUAAGGUGUGUUCAAAUUAAGGGAUCAAUAUGUUUCUCUCCACUGCUUAGAGGUGCAAGGAAGAGAGGGGAUUUCUUCUACUUUAAACUCUGCUUGUUUUUUCCUUGCCCUUAAGCUUGAACACUAAUCAAGGUAUUAUGUCGGGCACAAUCUUUAUAGAAAACUAAAAUCAAGUUGCCAGGAGUUGGAGCUUUAAAAUGAAACGGGAGAGAGUUUGUUUUCUUUUUAACUUCAGGUAAAAAGCAGGAGUUUUCCAGUCGUACAUUGAGGUGCAUUGUUGUUCAGAGGCUUUGAAACCCUGCUGUUCAGAUCUCGGGCUGAAAUUUGUUUUGCUCGUUUGACAUCUGUGAUCUUUGGCAGUGAAAGAUAUGAUUAUCUGUUAGGUGGAUUUGUUUUUAUUUUAUUUGACUGUAGAACUAAACAUUUCGACAGUUUGUCUUUUGCUGUAAUUGAGUUUGGAUUUGAGUGAUAUCAACUAUUUUGCUGUGGAUUUUUUUGUUGAGAGCUGACUUAUUAGUGCACACGUUUCUUAUAUUCAUGUGCCUGCUUUAUAUCUUAAUAAACAAUUAAAAAGGAAA